AUGGAAGUGAAAUCACAGCUAGGCUCUGCCAACCAAUCAACAUUAUCACGAAAGAGGUCAUUCAAUGAGGUGGAUGGUGAUGUGCAGACUGUUCGUACAAACAAUGGAAGACUCGAAUCACACGUGGUGGUACCAAAUGGUAGUGUUCAACUGUUGACUACUACUGCUACGGAUGUCAAAUCUGAGGACAUACUUCCCUCCGUGGAAAAUCCAGACAUCCCCCUACCUACCGUUCCUACAGCCACCAGUACUUCGUCUUCCAACACUUCCGACCUCCAACCUCCCACAAGUACCAAUUGGUCUACCGAUCCUGUUAUACUGUCGCCAAUUGCCCCACCUAACAACUAUAAACAUAACCAAAGCUCACCACCCGUUCCAUCUCCGUCUGUUCCGAAUAAUAAAAAACGAAAGCUGUCCCCUGCCACCAAGCUGGCAAAGGCACAGGAGAAGGAGGCCAAGGAACGGCAGAGGGCAGAGGAGAAGGCAAAGAAGGAGGAAGAGAAGAAGAAGCGGGAGGAAGAACGGAAGAAGAAGGAGGAGGAAAAGGAGGAGGAGCGGAAGAAAAAGGAGGAAAAGAAAAAAUCGAAGGAUGAAGAGCGGUUAGCCAGGGAGGAGGAGAAGAGGAAGAAGGAUGAGGAGAAGAUGAAGAAGGAAAGGUCGCAAAUGCGUUUGAAUGCCUUUUUUGUGAAGCCUGCGAUACCCAGCUCUGCAACGGCCGGAAAUACCUCUUGCGGAAAGACUAUGGGAAAUUACAACGUUCAAAAUCCAGCCUGCGGUCCGGAGACGGCGAAGGCGGAAAAGAAACCCCUUUCAGACUAUGAACAGGAAUUCCCUCCGUUUUUCUUGCAGUCUCAUGUGAAUUUGGCUCCAUCACAUCGCUUCGACCGAGACUACGAUUCCCUGAAACACGCGUGUGAGACUAUCGAUGCUGCAUUUAAGAAGAAUGGAUUGUCUGAAGAAGAAGAGACACCAGCCCUUAAAUAUUGCCCCUCAGAAAUUUUCAACAUGAUACCCUAUAAACGACGACAAGGCAGGCAAAACUACCCUCCCGUGCGUGAAAUACUUAUUAAAAUGCAAGAUUCUGCUUUGAAUACCGUUGACUUAACAGGAGAUGGGAAAUCUCGAAACCCGGCGGAUUUGUUGAAGAAAAUUCCAAUGAAAAUUUUGAAGUUCGGAGAAGAUGUGAGGCCUCCAUAUCAAGGCACUUUUACGAAACAACUAUCUGAACAGGAGGCUAAGAGGCUGUGUCGGAAUCCAUUUGGACGAGUUGUUCCGGAUUUUAAUUAUGACUAUGAUUCGGAAGCUGAAUGGGAGGAACCUGAGGAAGGUGAGGACUUGGACUCAGAAGGGGAAGAGGAAGUUAGUGAUGAUGGCGACGGAGAUAUGGAGGAUUUCUUAGACGAUGGUGAUGAUGAUGCUGCGAAUGCGAAACGACGGGUUAUUAUCGGAGAUUUAGAGCCGGUGUGCACCGGGAUAUGCUGGGAGGACGAUGGGGAAGUUGACCAGAUAUUGAAAUCAUGUCGAAUGGAGAUUCUAUCAGACACUUUAAAUUUCCCCAUCGACCCAUUUUCUUCCGAGUAUUGGAGUAAACCUGCACCACCAUCCCGCUCCCCAUUGAAGCACCUAACACACCUCUCCAAUAAAUCCAUUGAACGAGCUGGUGUCAGUGCAAGCUCUUCUCAAAAAGAAAUCUCCCAAUCCUCCGGAUUUCUCCAGGGACCUUCUAUUAUCCCUUCUUCAGCCUCAGCCUCCUCAACGACACCAGCAACAGCAUUUCCUCCAGGCCAAUCCACUCUCCCUGGCGCACCACCAUCGCAUAGACCACGACGUCCUUUUCCACCGGAUCAGGUAGCGGAAUUCAGGGAAGUCAUUGCAGGUAGCAAUUUAACGAAAGCGGGAUUAGUCGAGGUGUUGAAGAAAAGAUUCCCCAAAGUUUCCAAAGACAUCAUCAAAGACACGCUUAGCUCCACGGCAAAGAGACUCGGCGAAAAGGAGGCUGAUAAGAAGUGGGUUUUGAUAUGA